AUGGCGCACGAGGGUCGGCGCGGCGAUGGCCAUAUCUGCAUGUUCGGUGCAGCGCCGUCGGGCCAGUGCGCACUCACUCGCAGAGGGCCCCCGGCGGAUCCCCACGGGCGAGUCCACUGCUACUGCUCGCGGAGGCAGAACAGCCGACGUGAGCCCAUCCCGACGGGCGUAGGUGACCGUCGCGCGCCGUCGAUCGCAUAUCCCGACGGCGACGCGGACACGUCUAUUCCGCCAAUGACCUCACGCGGGGUGCAGCCGUCCAAGGCACGGCGAGUGUUCAAACGUCCACAGACCCGUCGGGACCCCGCGUCCUAUCAGCAUCCGCCACCCCGAUACCGCGCACCGGGCUAUCUACGCCAGGCACCACCACGCCCAGCCGUUCCCGGGCGUCGCUGCAGCGUGCUCGAUACCCCCACGGCCGUCUCAUCCUGCAUGUCUGACGUCGACCGCUGGAACGAAACGGCGCGCAGCGUUAGAAUAGCCUCCUGGAAGCCUACAGAUCCUGGCGCACACCUGCCGCGUUCUAUCGGGAAACUGGGUCAUUCUGAUUGGCAUUCGCAUGGACGCACGCCGCAGCGGCCCUCGGGCACCAAUGGGCAGCCCCUACUGUGUACUCGGGAGCGCGGCUUCCUGCGAAAAGCUAACACGACAGACGUAUCUACAGCAGCGGCCGCGGUGCCCCCACCGUCCGCCUCGUACCCCACCGCCGCGCCGCCCACCGUCGAUCGUCUGGGAGGGGACGGCACGCGUCCGACGACCGCCCGGAGCGUAUCGAGAGAAGUGCGUCGAGGGGCUCUCUGGCCCCGCCCGCGCGCCUGGCCGGGCCACUCGACGGCAGGGCGUCUCGAGAUGCGGGGGAGGCACGAGGACGGAUUCGCGUCUCCGUCUGUCUGCGCCCACAUCAGCCGUGGUGGUGAUCAUUCCGAUACUCUGCCAUUCUACGCCCCUCCCCUGCUCGCGGCAAUAGUGCGCGCGUGCGCGAGCUGA